CGUAAAAAGACCUAACCCGCCUAGGAGGCCGCCCAGCCGCCUAGCCCCCGCCUAGCCGCCUAGCGCCAGCCUAGCCCCCGCCUAGCCGCCUAGCGCCCGCCUAGCCCACAUCAUCGGCUUGUUGCAGAUUUUGACCGAGAAAAUUCUGAUAUUGGAGACAGGGUCGAGUUCCAGAGCCGUAGAAUUGGACCAUAUUCAGGAGGAGAUUGAGGAGGUGUCUGCCGUUCCGGAAGUGAAGGAGAAGAAGAAGAGCAGAAAUGCUUUGAGGAAGGGGUCGGAAGGUGAAGAGGUCCGAGCUAUGCAGGAAGCAUCCCAAAACUAGGAUUUUACUUGGGUGAGGAAGACAUGGAGUUUUCCAGCUUCUCAAGCGGGACCAAACGUGCUGUCAAGACUUGGCAAGUAAGUUUCAAUUAUCAUUAGAUGUUACUAUGUGCUGUCAAGACUUGGGAUCUGGUCGUAGAUACAAUAGAUACUGGCUUUUCUUGGGCCCUUGUAAUGCAUAUGACCCAGGACAUAGAAGGGUUUAUUUCGAAUCUUCAGAAGGUGGUCACUGGGAGGUGAUUGAUACAGGAGGCUCUGUGUGCUUUGUUGUCAGUUUUGGAUGACAGGGGUAAACGAGAGGCUCUUCUUAUUGAAUCCCUGGAGAAACGAAUAGCGUUUCUGUGCCAAGCGAUGUCAAGUAGAAUGGUAAAUAGUGAUAGAAUUGACAACUUGGCGCAAUCUGAUCAAUCUGAGCUGGAUAGUGUUAGAGAAGACACUUAUUCACCAGUAUCUGAUGUAGACAACAACUUAUCUGGAAUUGCAAAUGAUUCUCUGCCUUCAUCUGGAGUUGUGGUUCUUGAAGUUAGAAAGAAAGGAGAACAACAGAAACAGAAAUGGAGCCGAAUCAAAGCAUUUGAUUCAUGGUUAUGGAAUUCCUUUUACCUAGAACUUAAUGCUGUCAAACAUGGUAAACGAUCAUAUUUUGAUACACUUACUAGAUGUGAAAGUUGUCAUGAUUUGUAUUGGAGAGAUGAGAAGCACUGCAGGAUUUGCCAUACAACAUUUGAGCUUCAUUUUGAUCUGGAAGAAAGGUAUGCCAUCCAUGUAGCCACAUGUAAGGAGAAAGAAGCGAGUGAUACUUUUCCUAAGCAUAAGGUCCUCUCAUCACAGAUCCAAUCACUAAAAGCUGCGAUGCAUGCAAUUGAGUCAGCCAUGCCAGAAGAUGCUUUGUUGGGUGCUUGGAAAAAAUCUGCUCAUAAGCUAUGGGUGAAACGACUAAGACGUACCUCAUCUUUGGCUGAGCUUUUGCAGGUUCUUGGUGAUUUUGUUGGUGCCAUCAACGAGGACCGAUUAUAUGAAUGCAAUAUAGAGCAAGGUUCUUGUAAUUUUAGUGAAGAACUGAUUGUGUCCUUUGCAUGUAUGCCCCAAACAACAUCUGCAGUUGCGCUCUGGUUGGUGAGAUUGAAUGCCUUAAUUGCUCCAUACUUGGAAAGAGCCCAUUCUCAGAAAAGGCUGGAAAUUAGUGUCAGAGGGAAUCAUGCUCCAAAGCAAUAGCACCGCCUUUUUUCUGUAGAUUAGCCAAAUUCAAUCCCACAUUUUUUUGACAGAUUGAGGAGCAUUUAUAUGUCCAUUGUACUGCCAGAUCAGUGGAACUGUUGCAGGCUUUGAAACCGUGGUACUUUGUAUGAAGCUAUGCUUCAAGUUUUCUAUUUAGUUGCCAUAUAUGGCCAUUGAGUCGUUAGAUGUACAGCAUGAAGGAAAGUUGGACGUUUAAUAGAUACAAGAGUUUCAUAUCACUGAAACCUGCUCCAGAGAAAUAUCCUCACGUUAAUCCUAUAUUCGCUUGUGAAGAAUAUGGCAGCCUCUUUACUGUCUCAGUCAAUGGAGGAACUCAGAUUUUGUUAAUGCAUGCUUGUUCUAGUUUUUUAAAGCAGGAAUAAAAUGUUGUCAAAUGUACAUUGUUGUAAAGAAAAACAAAAUACUGUUUUUUUAUUUUAUUUUUUAAAAUAGAAGAUUUGAAAGUCAUCUUUGUGAUAAUCUUUUGUAGCUAGAACAAUGUUUAUUGUAGUUGAAUAUCCUCGGCCUCACAGUUUGUUGCCAAA